GUCGUGGUGGUGCCAUCGAUCGUCUCCUCGUCUCCUCGUCUCCUCCUCCGCCUCUCUUUUUCUCUCCCUAAUCAAUUCAAUUGUUAGUUUAGUAUUUGCUGCUUAAUCUCUUCCUCUCUUCGGAGAUGGGAGGAGACAACGCGCUCAGCCUCGAGGAGAUCAAGAAUGAGAACGUCGAUUUGGAGCGGAUUCCCGUAGACGAAGUGUUCCAGCAGCUGAAAUGCUCCCGGGAAGGUCUCUCCACGGAGGAGGGCAACCAACGCAUCCAGAUCUUCGGCCCCAACAAGCUCGAGGAGAAGAAGGAGAGCAAGUUCCUCAAGUUCUUGGGCUUCAUGUGGAACCCGCUGUCGUGGGUGAUGGAGAUGGCGGCGGUGAUGGCCAUCGCGCUGGCCAACGGCGGCGGGCAGGCCCCCGACUGGCAGGACUUCGUCGGCAUCAUCGUCCUCCUCGUCAUCAACUCCACCAUCUCCUUCAUCGAGGAGAACAACGCCGGCAACGCCGCCGCCGCCCUCAUGGCCAACCUCGCCCCCAAGACCAAGGUGCUGAGAGAUGGCCAGUGGAGCGAGCAAGAGGCCGCGAUCUUAGUCCCCGGAGAUAUCAUAAGCAUCAAACUAGGCGACAUCGUCCCCGCCGACGCCCGCCUGCUCGAAGGGGAUCCGCUCAAGGUCGACCAGUCGGCCCUCACCGGAGAGUCCCUCCCCGUCACCAAGAACCCGGGCGACGAAGUCUUCUCCGGCUCCACCUGCAAGCAGGGCGAGAUUGAGGCCGUGGUUAUCGCCACGGGCGUCCACACCUUCUUCGGCAAGGCCGCCCAUCUCGUCGACAGCACCAACCAAGUCGGCCACUUCCAGAAGGUCCUGACUGCCAUCGGGAACUUCUGCAUUUGCUCCAUCGCCAUCGGCAUUGUGGUCGAGAUCAUCGUCAUGUUCCCCAUUCAGCACCGGGCGUAUCGCAGCGGAAUCGAUAACCUUCUGGUCCUUCUGAUCGGAGGGAUUCCGAUCGCCAUGCCCACCGUGCUGUCCGUGACUAUGGCUAUCGGCUCCCACAAGCUCUCGCAGCAAGGCGCGAUCACCAAGAGAAUGACGGCCAUCGAGGAGAUGGCCGGAAUGGAUGUUUUGUGCAGCGACAAGACCGGCACUCUAACUCUCAACAAGCUGAGCGUCGACAGGAACUUGGUUGAGGUGUUUGCCAAAGGAGUGGAUAAGGAUCACGUGCUCUUGCUGGCGGCGAGAGCGUCGAGGACGGAGAAUCAGGACGCCAUCGAUGCUGCCAUGGUCGGAAUGCUUGCGGAUCCAAAGGAGGCAAGAGCUGGAAUUAGGGAAAUACACUUCUUCCCCUUCAAUCCGGUCGACAAGAGAACAGCUCUGACUUAUAUCGAUGCCGAUGGGAAUUGGCAUCGCGUGAGCAAAGGUGCUCCCGAACAGAUUAUGAACCUGUGCAAUUGCAAGGAGGAUGUGAGGAAAAGGGCUCAUAACGUGAUCGACAAGUUUGCUGAACGUGGGCUUCGUUCGCUUGGUGUUGCAAGACAAGAAGUCCCAGAGAAAAGCAAGGAAAGUCCUGGGGCACCGUGGCAGUUUGUUGGCUUAUUGCCGCUCUUUGAUCCCCCGAGGCACGACAGUGCUGAGACCAUUCGCAGGGCGCUCAACCUUGGCGUCAAUGUCAAGAUGAUCACUGGGGACCAGCUUGCUAUCGCUAAGGAGACAGGCCGAAGGCUUGGGAUGGGAACGAACAUGUAUCCUUCCUCUGCAUUGCUUGGUCAAGACAAGGACGCUUCUCUCGAUGCACUUCCUGUAGACGAACUAAUUGAAAAGGCUGAUGGGUUUGCAGGAGUCUUUCCAGAGCAUAAGUAUGAGAUUGUGAAGAGGCUGCAGGAGAAGAAGCACAUCUGUGGAAUGACAGGGGAUGGUGUGAAUGACGCCCCAGCUCUGAAGAAGGCUGACAUAGGAAUUGCUGUUGCCGACGCCACAGAUGCAGCACGAGGUGCUUCUGAUAUUGUCCUCACUGAGCCUGGGCUUAGUGUUAUCAUCAGUGCUGUUCUUACCAGCAGAUGCAUCUUCCAAAGGAUGAAGAACUACACUAUCUAUGCAGUUUCUAUCACCAUUCGUAUUGUGCUUGGAUUUUUGCUUAUUGCGUUGAUAUGGAAAUUCGACUUCUCACCUUUCAUGGUUCUUAUCAUCGCCAUCCUUAAUGAUGGUACCAUCAUGACAAUCUCAAAGGAUCGAGUGAAACCAUCUCCACUACCUGAUAGCUGGAAGCUGAAGGAGAUUUUUGCAACUGGUGUCAUCUUAGGUGGUUAUCUGGCGUUGAUGACUGUGAUCUUCUUCUGGGCUAUGAAAGAGACCAACUUCUUUCCAGAUAAAUUCAGUGUUAGAUCGUUGAGGGACAACGAUCAUGAGAUGAUGGCUGCUCUUUAUCUGCAAGUGAGUAUAGUGAGUCAGGCCCUUAUCUUUGUUACUCGGUCUCGCAGCUGGUCAUUCGUGGAACGCCCCGGGCUCCUCUUAGUCAGCGCUUUUAUGGUUGCCCAACUUGUUGCAACCCUGAUAGCAGUCUAUGCAAACUGGGGCUUUGCGAGAAUCAAGGGCAUCGGUUGGGGAUGGGCUGGAGUUAUAUGGCUCUACAGCAUCGUAUUCUACAUCCCGCUAGACUGGAUUAAAUUCGCCAUCCGGUACAUUCUAAGUGGGAGGGCGUGGGACAACCUCUUACAAAACAAGACUGCCUUCACUACCAAGAAGGAUUACGGUCGGGAGGAGAGGGAAGCUCAGUGGGCUCUCGCGCAGAGAACUCUUCACGGUCUCCAACCUCCGGAAACUUCGACGCUCUUCUCCGACAAGAGCAGCUACCGCGAGCUCUCUGAAAUCGCUGAGCAGGCCAAGAGACGAGCGGAGGUCGCAAGGCUACGCGAGUUGAAUACUCUGAAGGGUCAUGUGGAAUCGGUGGUUAAGCUGAAGGGGCUUGACAUUGAUACCAUCCAGCAGCAUUAUACGGUGUGAGAGUUGAGUGAACACCGCGGAGGAUUAGUCCGGAUUAUUCGAAGGCAACGUAGAGAGGUGAAGUUUCUUAAGAUAAUUAAUGAGGAAGAAGACAAUAACAACAACGACGACGACGACAACUAAGAUCUCUAUUUUCGCUCUUAAUUUUUUGUGAAGCUAUAAGCGCAGUAUUCUCUUAUGAAUGUGUUUCUCUUCUUCUUCUUCUUCUUCUUCUUCUUCUUCUUUUUCGCUGUUUCCUGAGUAAAAGCUUAUGCUAAUACUAAAUGGGGGUACCACAAUUAUAACC